UGUACCGUUUCACAACAAACGGAUAAGGAGACGCGUCCGAAGAACUCCGCUGUUAACGUUUAUUUCCUUACAUCGCAAUGAAAUGAGGGGAGCAUGGGGGCCAAAGAGUCGAGGAUAGGAUUCCUGUCGUAUGACGAGGCUGUCAAGAGAGUCACCGAUGUGGAACUGAAGCGGCUGAAGGAUGCCUUCAAGAGAACCAGCGGCGUCUCCUGUUACAUGACCCAGCAGUGCUUCUACAGGGAAGUGCUGGGAGAUGGAGUUCCCCCUAAAGUUGCCGAGGUGAUCUACACAUCAUUCGGAGGCUCAUCCAAAGGGCUGCACUUUAACAAUCUGAUCGUGGGUCUGGUGCUUCUGACCCGAGGACGCGAUGAGGAGAAGGCCAAGUACCUCUUCAGCCUGUUUGCCAGCGAUCUGGGCGGAUAUGCAGCCAGGGAAGAUAUAGAAGCGGUCCUGCAGGUCCUGGAUGGAGAAGUCCCGGCCUCCCUCAGGAAGUGCUUCAGUGAGGUUGACAAGGUGAACUAUGAGCGCUUCAGGAACUGGCUCCUGCAGAACAAGGAGGCUUUCACUUUGUCCAGAUGGCUCCUGUCCGGAGGAGUGUGUGUCACGCUCACGGAUGACAGCGACACACCCACCUUCUACCAGACCCUGGCUGGCGUGACACACUUGGAGGAGUCUGACAUUAUAGACUUGGAGAAGCGCUACUGGCUGCUGAAAGCUCAGUCCAGAACCGGCCGCUUUGACUUGGAAACCUUCACACCGCUGGUCUCUCCUCCCAUCCACUCCUCACUGAAUGAAGGCUUGUUUCAUGCCUUCGACGAGAAUCGGGACAAUCACAUUGACUUUAAAGAGAUCUCUUGUGGGCUCUCUGCGUGCUGCAGGGGGCCUGUCGCUGAAAGGCAGAAAUUUUGUUUCAAAGUGUUCGAUGUGGACCGCGACGGGAUCCUGUCUCGAGAUGAACUCCAUGAAAUGGUGGUGGCCUUGCUGGAGGUGUGGAAGGAUAAUCGCACAGACAUACUCCCUGAGCUGCACAGUAGUGUGUCUGACAUAGUAGAGGGCAUCCUGAAGAUGCAUGACACGACCAAGCUGGGUCACCUGACCCUGGAGGACUACCAGAUCUGGAGUGUGAAGAGCGCUUUGGCCAACGAGUUCCUCAACCUGCUUUUCCAGGUCUGCCACAUCGUUCUCGGGCUCAGGCCUGCUACUCCUGAAGAGGAGGGACAGAUCAUCAGGGGUUGGUUAGAGAGAGAGAGCAGACAUGGGCUGCAGCAAGGCCAGAACUGGUUCCUCAUCUCCAUGGUGUGGUGGCAGCAGUGGAAGGACUAUGUUAAAUACGGCAGUCCCUGCUGUUGUCUCCCUGUCCAGGAGCAUAAGGGCAUCGUGGUGGAGCAGCCGUCCAUCCUGAGCUCGCUGCGAACUCCGAUGGCCACGGCCACCAUAGAGCCCGCCCCUCCAGACAGACUGGUAGGACUGGGAGCCAUCAGCCCCGUCAGCCCCACGGAGGAGAGGUCACCUGAUGCUGUGUCCAGCGCCUCGGAGGCUACAGAGACAGCAGCCCUGAGCCCACAGGUAGCUCCCUCCGCCACAGAGAGCUGUUUCGCCCGUCAGCACAACGUAUUGGACAAUAACAAUCAGUGUUUUUCUGGAGCCAACGGUCACCUCCCCUCCCAGCUGGCAGCACAAAGACCUGGAGCCAUCGACAACCAGGCUCUGGUCAACACCGACCCCAUGAAGGCCCCUACGUUAACCAUGGAGGGAGGAAGGCUGAAGCGAUCCCUGCAGCUGGUGCCCGGUCGAGACUUUGAGACGAUGCCAGAGCCGGUGUGGCGGGCGCUUUACCACUGGUACGGCGCCAACCUCAGCCUGCCACGACCGGUAAUCCUGGACAGCAAGACAGCCCAAGCAGAACUGGAGCUCUUCCCCCGCUACCUCCUCUUCCUCCGCCAGCAGCCGGCCACACGCUCCCCCCAGUCCAACAUCUGGGUCAAUAUGGGUAUGACCAGCCUGCGAAUGUUCCCACCGUAUUUACCCCCACCAAGAGCAGGUAACGUUCCAUCCCCGAACGCCCCCCUGAAGAGGGUGUUGGCCUACACGGGCUGCUUCAGCCGCAUGGGCACCAUCAAGGACAUCCACCUCUACCUGUCCCAGAGGCUCCGCAUCAAAGAGGAGGACAUGAGACUCUGGCUCUACAACAGUGAGAACUACCUCACCCUCCUGGACGAUGAAGAUCACACUCUGGAAAGUCUGAAGAUCCAUGAUGAGCAGCAGCUGGUUAUUGAGGUCAGAAACAAAGACAUGAGCUGGCCAGAGGAAAUGUCGUUCAUUGCCAACAGUAGUAAGAUGGACAGACACAAAGUUCCUACAGAGAAAGGAGCCACUGGCCUCAGUAACCUUGGCAACACCUGCUUCAUGAACUCCAGCAUCCAGUGCGUGAGCAACACCAAGCCUCUCACAGACUACUUCAUCACAGGGCGACAUCUCUAUGAGCUCAACAGAACCAACCCCAUCGGGAUGAGAGGUCACAUGGCCAAGUGUUACGGCGACCUGGUGAUGGAGCUGUGGAGCGGGACGCAGAAGAACGUGGCUCCACUUAAACUCAGGUGGACGAUAGCGAAGUAUGCCCCUCGCUUCAACGGCUUCCAGCAGCAGGACUCCCAGGAGCUGCUGGCCUUCCUACUGGACGGCCUCCAUGAAGAUCUGAACCGAGUCCACGAGAAGCCCUACGUGGAGCUGAAGGAUAGCGACGGUCGACCCGACUGGGAGGUGGCCUCUGAGGCGUGGGAGAACCACCUGCGUAGGAACCGCUCCAUCGUGGUGGAUCUGUUCCACGGUCAGCUCAAGUCCCAGGUGAAGUGUAAGACCUGCGGCCACAUCAGCGCCCGCUUCGACCCCUUCAACUUCCUGUCUCUGCCUCUUCCCAUGGACAGCUCCAUGCAUCUGGAGAUCACCGUCAUUAAAUUGGACGGCUCCACGCCUGUGCGCUACGGCCUGAGGUUAAACAUGGAUGAGAAGUACACAGGACUGAAGAAACAGCUGAGUGAACUGUGCAGCCUGAAGCCUGAGCAGAUCCUCCUGGCUGAGGUCCAUACCUCCAACAUCAAGAACUUUCCCCAGGACAACCAGAAGGUCCGUCUGUCUGUCAACGGUUUCCUGUGCGCUUUUGAGGUUCCGGUGCCAGGUUCCCCAACAUCAGUGAGCUCUCCCACGCUGACAGACGUCACUCCAAUAGCCAAUGGCUCAGCUGCUAAUGGGCACGUGGGCAUUAAGCCCGUCCUCAUCCCAAACGGUGGACCCAGCACCAUGGUGCCCUUCAGCCCAGACACACCGCUGGCCAACGGGGUCGCCAACGGUCACAUCACACCAGUACAAGAGAGCCCCUUCAUAGGAUACAUCAUCGCCAUGCACAGGAAGAUGAUGCGCACGGAGCUGUACUUCCUGUCGUCUCAGAAGAACCGGCCCAGUCUGUUCGGCAUGCCGCUCAUCGUUCCCUGCACUGUCCACACCAGUAAGAAGGACCUGUACGACGCCGUCUGGAUCCAGGUGUCCAGACUGGCCAGCCCACUGCCCCCACAGGAAGCCAGCAACCAUGCACAGGACUGUGAUGACAGUAUGGGCUACCAGUACCCAUUCACUCUACGGGUGGUGGGUAAGGAUGGCAACUCAUGUGCCUGGUGCCCUUGGUACAGGUUCUGUAGAGGCUGUACAGUAGAGUGUACAGAGGACAGAGCCUCUGUAGGAAACGCUUACAUAGCUGUGGACUGGGACCCCACCGCCCUGCACCUCCGCUACCAGACCUCUCAGGAGAGGAUCGUAGAGGAGCAUUGCAGUGUGGAGCAGUCCCGCCGGGCCCAGGCUGAGCCCAUCAGUCUGGACAGCUGUCUGAAAGCCUUCACCAGCGAGGAGGAGCUGGGCGAGGACGAGCUCUACUACUGCUCCAAGUGUAAGACCCACCGGCUGGCCACCAAGAAGCUGGACCUCUGGAGGCUGCCUCCCAUCCUGAUCGUCCACCUAAAGCGCUUCCAGUUUGUCAACGGUCGCUGGAUCAAGUCCCAGAAGAUUGUCAAGUUUCCACGAGAGAAUUUUGACCCCAGCGCCUUCCUGGCUCCCAGAGACAUUGAGCUGUACUGCCUUCACUCCCGCAGCAAGAGUGAGGAUCUGCUGAGGGUCGGAGAAGACAACCUGUCCUCCAUCUCUGCCCCUGCCGGCUUCUGCACCCUCCCCAAAGCCUCCCCCGCCUCUAGCAGGAAGUCGGCGCCUUCCCUGAGCCGGACCAGCAGCCCCUCCAGCAGCCCCAAGACCAGCAGCGGAGGUCGCAGGCCGGGCCGGCUACGCCUGCCCCAGCUGGGCAGCAAACACCGCCUCUCCAACAGCAAGGAGAACCUGGAGGGAGCCGCCAACGUCAACGAGGCCGAGCUACAGGACGGCUCGACGCAGGCGGACGGCGAGGGCAGCGCGGCGGCGAGUCUCCACGGGUCGGGAGAGGCGCUGGCGUCAGAAUCAUUGUGCAACACCGAGGCGUCCGGCAGCCACUGUGACGUUGUCCUGAUGAACGGAGACAGCAACGGGCUGAGCUCAGACUGCAGCACAGAGAGCAGCAUGGACCCUGACAACUCACUGCUGCAGCACAGAGACAACAUGGGUCUGGACGCCAUCUACAACCUCUAUGCAAUAUCAUGCCAUUCAGGAAUCAUGGGAGGAGGCCACUAUGUGACGUAUGCCAAAAACCCCAAUGAGAAAUGGUACUGUUACAAUGACAGCAGCUGUAAGGAAUUGCACUCUGAGGAGAUCGACACCGACUCGGCCUACAUCCUCUUCUACGAGCAGCAGGGGGUGGACUACUCCCAGUUCCUGCCAAAGAUCGACGGCAAGAAGAUGGCCGACACCAGUAGCAUGGACGAAGACUUUGAGUCCGACUACAAGAAAUACUGUGUCCUCCAGUGACCGCACCUUUUGUCUUCCAUCAGCCAGCACUACAACCCCCGCUCUCCCGCUCCCUAACCCCCACACACCUUCCCCCUAGAAGCACCCGACGCUCCGAUCAUUCGGAAUUCUUACAGGACUGCUACCUGCCGGAGUUUAGACAGACCCGCCGUGCUCUCUUGUCUCUUUAGGGAUGCGUCGCACCACUUUCUACACUUGAAACAUUGAAAAAAAAAAAAAAAAAAAACGUUGAAACAUGGAUUUAGUGCAAACGUUUGCCAAGACAACAAUGAAGCCCCGGUAAAAGCACUAACAAUUUGGUGCACUUUGCUGAGCCCGACAAAACAAACCCCCCCACUCCACCCCCCCCUAUCCCCCCUCCUCUUCCUCCCUGCCAUAACAUACAUGUAACAUAUACUUGCAUACUCACGCAUCUCUGAAUGUAUGCCAGUAUGGCCAAGUCAUGAAGUGAUGUUGCUUUGUUCUGAUGCAUUGAUCACUUGUGAUGUCACAGACUUGAGUCCAGGUGUAAAUGUGAAACCGGUGAUUGGAUACAGGUUGAGUUUUUAAAUGCAAGUGUUAAAACAGGCCCGAGAGUUAAAGAACCUGUGUGUUAGUGUCACAUCUGAUGCUGAAAUGUGGUUUCUAUUCAGAUAGUAUUGGAUAUUGUAACAAGCUUUUUUUUAAAGAAAAAAAAAGGUUCUCCAAAGGUUUUAUUAGAGAUAGUGUCACCGGGGGGGGAAAACAUAAAUCAUACGCUACCUCAUCGACUCCUGCGAUCUGUCAGCCAACAGCACCCUAACAAUCUGUGACAGUAUUAAAUAAUAAUAAUUCAAUGCUUCCUUCUGGUGUGGGAGAUAAGGUACACACAUUUCAGGAAAGCCUCCUCCCUAUCCCAAAAAAAUGAAAAUCCCCCCUCCCCUCCCCUCCCUCUCCUCUCUAGGAUGCUCACACAGGUCCUGAUGAAAUGAAAUUAGGCUCUUUUUUUUUUGCCAAAACUGUGCUCCAUCCCACAGCUGCCAAAUAUCAGAGAGAUUUGUGUAACGUUGACUGUGUGUACCCAUAACUAAAGUCACAAGCUUUGAUUUACAGAAGAGAGACACUUAAAGAAUAAAAUACAGUAUAUGUUUAGUACUUUUUUUUUUUUUUUUUUUUUGAUUCUGCAAACGUGUUUUAUAAAGAAUUUGUUUUAUUGUUGGGAUUUUUUUUUUUUUUUUUGUAAGGCAGACCUCCAAAUUCUGUCAUAUUGUUAGAAAAUGAAGCUGCUUCAGGUGUUUCUGAUUAAAGCCCAGAAGCUUGGAGCUUAUCUUCACAGCAAUGUUGCAACAUGCACCUUUUACUCUUCAGCUGUUGAACUGAUGUUCAUAUCUUCCCCAACAACAAACCACAACAUGUUUCAGGGGGAAACAUUUAAAUAUUGUCCCAAAAAAAAAGAAGAUUUUUAAGUGUUAUUUUAACUUUUUAUUUAGAUGCCACGUGUAAAAACAUCUCCACAUUGCCAUAAAUAGAUGUGCACCUGAAAGGUGUCUCCAUAGAAACUUGACUUUAAGAAUGACGCCCUGCUGAAUAACUGGAAGCUUUGGGAACACUUGAUGAAAGGGUCUCAGGACGGGGGUCACCUACUUGCCCUGUAGGCUUGUUCACUUUCAGGGGCCGGAGCUUCACUUUACGGGUUUUCAUUAAAAACACAUUGAAUAAUACACACACACCAACGGUACAAAUCUGUACCGUGAUAGGCUGAAAUGACAAGAGCCCAAAAGAGCCUGAAAAGCAGUGUUUCACCAGCCUCUAGUUAAAUAAUGAAGGUCUGUUUCAAGGUGGGGUCAGAAGUGUGCUCUAUUGCACCUAUAGCCUCACCUAACAGUGAUGUCACAGUGUGCUGACACCUACAUCACAGCAGCGAGGUGAGCUCACCAAAAGCAAGAUUUUUAGCUGAUGAGUUGCUCUUUAAGGCAGCUUGUGUAUUUUUACUGACUCUUGAGGCCAUGUUGAAGAAGCCUGUGUCAAAAUCUAGUUUUCUACCUUUAAACAUCAUUUGAUAGUUUGUUUAUUUGGUGUAUAUUCUUAAGUAAAACUCAUCGAUAGUAGAUUCAUUCAAAUAUGAAGUUUUCAUGUGUUGCUUGCCUUGAGCUCUGUACUUAAAGAGCAAUUUAAAACAACACAAACAAUAUUCAAAGAUUGGAAAGAAUUGGGGGAGACAAGGGGGUCCACAGUUCAUUUUUGCCACAGGGACCCCCUUACUGGAACAAUGGAACCUGAAAAUCCAGCUCUGAUGGUUCCUAUAGUUUCCGAUAGUUUGGUUUAGGGUGAGGGUUUGUACUAAUUAAAGGGAAAAUUGAGACUUUAAUUGAUGGCGUUUUGUUAAAAGUCAAGCACACAACAGUCAUUUAGAAACAGCAGAUAAUAAUGAAUGAACAUCUAUUUGGGUUUUAAUAGAUCAGUUCAACCUAACACAGUGUCUGUUUUACCUUUCAUUAGUACUUCUUUUAAAGUCAAGUGUUUCCAAAGCUUCAUUCCCCAUGAUCAGACCGGCUGAUAUCAGAUGGUUGAAGUUUACUGUGUAAUGUGUUUUUUUGAAAGUAACCAAAGCCUGUGGAAUCUUGUAGAGAGCUACAGUAUGUGUCUGGACUGUUGGUGUUUUUUUUUUUCAGAUCUGUAAAAGCUUCACUUGCAUCACUGGAUCCGACAUUUUUAACAUCAUGGAAACAUCGAAAUUCCCACAUUGCUCGUUCCUCCUUUAUUUUUUCUUACGUGAAGGUUUGGCUGCUCUGCAUGGCCCGUUGAGGUUAGUUUUGGAGUCGAGCGACGGUCGAGCUCGGCGUUCCGGUGCGUAGCAGCGUGUGUGGAGCUCAGUCUAAUCACUGUGAACAGACAGCAGACUUUGUCUUCAACAGGAGGAUGAAUCUCUGUGUUCACCCCCGUUUUUUUUUCUUCUUUUUUUAGCUGCUGUAUUUAUGAGGAGAAGGUGGUUGUUGUGGAUGUAUUUGGAGAAAUAUGUCACUGAAAGAAACUUUAUUUUUCCUUUGCAAAGAGUACGUUUGUUGAACAAAUGGAAAUGUACAGUUGAGUGCUAUUUAUAUUUGCUUGCUCCACUCUUUUUUUCCCCCCCUCCCUCUCUCUCCCUCUCUCUCCAUCCUCUUACCUUUCCACCCAGCUGUAGACGACGUCCAAUUUGUCUCCAUGCUUGAAAUAUCAUCACAUGGCUCAAAGGGAAAAUUUUACUAAGGAUUUGUCUCUUUAGAACCCAGUUUGUAAUGUUUAAAGGUGCAAUAGCUGUCCACAUAUAUAUAAAUAUAUAUAUAUUUGGCUGUGAAUGUGCCCACUAACAACUACCUGUGUGGUGCUUAACUGACCACACCUGUAGCGUAAACUGUAUUAGAAUAAAAUACAAAUUAAAAUUGGGGUUAAUUUCAGCACAAUAUUCUUAAUCCAGGAGAAAAAGACUUUUCUGCCCAGCUGAACUGAGCUUUUAUUUUGAAAAUUGGGCAAACGCUGAUCCUGUGAACCACAGGAUUAAUAUUGUAAUCCCCGCUCCUUUCUCAAACCCCCCCACCCCCCCACCACCUACUCCCCAAAAGACGAGUCCGGAGUGCGUCAGGCAGUGCAAUCUACUACUGAGCUGUCUGUCAGUGUCUGUAGCCUCUUUUUUUAUUUAAGUUCACUUCUGUCAGAUCUGAACCAGAUUAAUUUAAAGAACUUUUUUUUUUUUCUUUUCUUUUUGUUAAGGUGUUUGUUGAAAGAAAGUGACAUUGCACUGACAUGAAAACAUGUACAUAAAAAAAACUGUUUUGUAAAUAAGCCAAUGAAAACUUAUGUAUUUGAAUAUGAACUGUACAAAAUACUGUACUUGUAGUUGUAUAUGGAGUGAUACCUGUUGAUCUGUAACAAAUAUCCAAGCAACAAAAUUAAAUUCUGCAGAGGAAACAAAGACGA